AUAUUGCAAAAUGUGGAGGAGAACCGUGCUUAAAUACUUAACACAAUUUAGGUGCCUGUACAUAACAAACUUGCUUAUUUGAGCUGCAUGGAAUAUUGUGUAUAUUUUCUUUAUUUUAUUUGUGUAAUACUAUGUUUAACGGUAAACAAACCAUUUCCAUUCAAUGUCCUGCCCCUGAAUGGUGUCGGUACAGUAUAUUUUGUAAUAUCAAGAUGGUUCCAUCAACUGAUUGCUGAUUGGAUAUGAUUUGCAUAUUAGAUUUAUGAUUAGUCUUGCAUAAAAUUUGUUUAUGACCUUUUUGAUAAAUCUUUUAGGAGGCGAAUGUUAUGCAUUUUACUCACACAGUCAUGGUAAUGGUUGUUUUAUUGUUGAUACCAACUAGACCUUAAAUGUAUGUGGGAGGUUGGACAGAUGACCUAUAACCUUUCUUAACAUUCAAUAUAUUAACAGAGAUCAGAGCCAGCAGAUAAUGAAUAUUAUUUGUGUUGGUGUUUAACUUGUAUAGGAUGUGUUUACAUCGCAAUCAGUGGUGAUAGGGCUGGUGAGAGUGACUGGUUGAGCAGUCUAUACUAAUCACUUACACAUGUGUGUAUGUUUCCGUGACUGUCACCAGCCUGUUCCACUUUCUCCACGAGGAGACAUGGCUGCAUAAAGGAACAUCCAAUGGAAGCAGCCACAAUGGACCAACGACUCUUAUCAUCAAGUGAUGGCAACACUGACCAUGUCUUCCACUGACCAGCGACAACUCUUCAUGGAUUUCAGAGGCACUACAAUUCUGUUGAUGUUUGCAGCAUUGGCAGCACUGAUGACCCUCCCUGCCAGCCAUGCCACCAUACAGAUGCCCUUAGGACUGGUGGAAAACCCUCUAGGGACAGAGACUGGAGGCGAGGUGAUCCCGGAUGCAACGCUUGAGGAGAACAAUCCUUUCAGUUUGUUGGGAGAACAAUGCCAACAGAGCCAACCCCCAAUCAGCAGGAUCAGAUGGAUCAGAGGAGCUUAUGCUUAACAACCCCAACCCUCAGGGAGGUGGGGACCAUGAACACAAUGAACACAUCCCUGAGCAGCCAGUGGCUGGCAUCAGCAAUGUUGAGGAGACAGACACUGGCAUCCUUGGGGCUCCUCAGUAUGUGCAUGUGACUGAUAUGCCACAGAUCGACCACCAGACGCUAAGUAUCAGGCCACUGAAACCUACCACCCCAGCAGUCCUCCUGGCUCCCACCCCAACCAGGAACAUAUCCGAGGUGGGGAACAACACUGAUGUCACGUCUGUCGAUGUGAAUAACACAUCACAGGGGAGAUCUAACAACAGCGAGGAAGUCCCACCUAGACCAACAUUCCCUGACACCACAAACAAUAUUCUGCAUUCCUCACAGUCUGUGUCAUCUGACUAUGUAUCUUCAAAUCUAAUGUCUACAAGAGUAAUAGUUGAUGAAAGUUCCACGAUGGUGGCCAGUUUAGCUGAUAUUCUCAUUCCUCAACCAGAUUCAAAUCUGAAGCUGACCUCCAGGCCAAUAAUUGAUGAAACAGAAACAGUCAGUCCUGUAACUUCAACUGGACUUUCUCUGACCACAAGUGAACAUGUUAUAGAUGGUUCCAGAGUGAUACCAGAUACCACAGUACUAGAAACCAUGUCCUCAGACAUUACUCUAAGUCCUGUUGAUGUAGGUGUGAGUCCAUCUGACAAUGUUUCUCUAAUAUCCUCAACAUCAGUGACAGAUGAAACAGACACAAAAAACAUGAAACAAGACAAACAACCAGCUACUGCUACAUAUCUCUUCUCAGAUGGACAUGCUGAAACCUCCAGUACUGUGGUGCUGUCCAGGUCAGCCAUAGGUGAACAGACAUUAUCUGUCCAGGACAUAGCCCCAUCCUCCAGCAUCAGCAGUGGAGAGUCAAGUUCCAGCUCUAUGACCACUUCCUCUAUGUUGACCAACUCAACAGUAGAGACAUCUGCUACAUUAACUACUGCUGGCACACCUGCAGAGCCUGUUGUGAUCACCCUACCAUCUGUAUCUCAUGAGAUUGUAAUUCAGAAGAACUCAACCUUAUCUGUUGUGACAACAACUGCUGCCAGCCCUGCAGCAGCCACAGCAGUAGGUACCCAGUCCACCACAGCUGGACCCAGUGUUUCCACAGGCACAUCUUCCAAGAGGCCUACAACAAAGCUGAGUACAUCUUCCCCUCCAACCAUACAUUUAGUCAGUUUGUUGAGGAGUGGAUCAACAUCCAGAGGAACCACAUCUUCAUCAGCAGUAACUCCCUACACCACUGGGUCCACAACUGUGCCAGUUACCACAGUCAGACUUCCAUCCACCACCAAGCGCAAAGUAAAGCCCCAGCAUGGUGACUCUGACACCAACACAACAUCCAGCAACAACGGCACAGUGAUACCAGAGUCUACCACUGGUAAUGGCUCAGACAGCCAUAGUAGGAAGAAGACACAGACACCUAAUGCAGGAACAGCCACACAGCCCACUGUCAACAGUACUUCAGAGAACCUGUUUUCCUCUACAAAGGUUCCCACUACUGUAAACAUCAAUACCACCUCUUAUCACAGUGUUCCACCAUCUACAGAACCUCCAGUGUUCGCUCAGGUGAAGCUGAAGAUGUCUUGGCUAGACUUCUGUCCCAAGGAGAGGGUGUUCCGAGCAGAUCUGAAGGAUAUCUUCCUUGAGAAAGCUGGUCGGGAUGUGACAACAGAACAAAUAACCUUAAUGAAUAUUCAACAAUAUGAAUGUUUGGACCUAAUGGCAGCUGAAAUGCCAGAUGAUAUCAUCAUCAGUUUCUACCUGGUGGACAUAACUGGAAACUACGACAGACGACUCACCAUAGCCUGUGCCAGAGUUGUCAUUCAAGGUUUCAGCUCCAAGGUGGAAUCAUUCUUCAAAGACAAGCUUCUGGAGGUCAGACUUAACACUGACCAACCAACUGAAGAAGGCCAUGUCACCAAGGUGCCGGAAGAGAAGGGGAGAGAGAGCAUGUUUGCCAUGGAGCCUGGUAUUACUAUUGCCAUAGUUAUUGCCUCGGUGGGAGGAGUUUGCUGCGUGGCUCUCAUCAUACUACAGAUAGUGAUGCGUAACCGCAACAAACGGGUGUACCUGCCGGACUCCCGCCAUCCGUCCUUCACAAGCAUGGACUCCAUAGCUCUGGCCUCUGUCACCAAGUCUCGACCCAACAGUGGCCUGUUCAACCCUGGCAUGGACCCUUCAGAGAUGGCAGAGCCGUCAUUCCCGGUGAACUUUGCUGGCCUUGCCAAUAGAUGCCUGGAGCCAGAGGUGCUGAAAGAGGAGUUCCAGUUUGUCCCGAACCUCACCCCCCGGCUGUCUACCGUUCCUGUUGGUGCGGAGGACAAAAAACAGAUAUGCUAAUGUCAUUCCAAUUCCUGAAACAAGGGUCAAACUGAAGAGGAGACUCAGCCAAGUUGCUUCGGAUUAUGUCAAUGCUAACUUUGUAACGGGUUACAAUGACGACAAGCGGGCAUACGUAGCAACACAGGCGCCUCUUGAUUCUACUGUUGCUG